UCAAGAAAUUAAUUACUAAUAGUACAACUAGCUUCCACCUCUCAAGGUCAAUUUACGGUGGAUAUGCUAGCGAUGAGCAGAUGGAGCGAAGACGGUUGAGGCCCCGCUCAGCUCGAUCAACACCGGCCUAUAAAAUCGCACCCGUGUAGCCAUGCUGCAGGAAGCAUUAUUCAAGCAUGGGAGCAAAGGCAGACGAUAGUAGUGGCACUGAUACUUUCACCGCUCUACGGAACCAGCUUCCUGGGCUCUCCAUCAGCACGUCAAGAGCACCGGCUGGCGCGGCGCAGGAGCCCGUGAGCCCUACGGCGAGGCUUGUGAAGGAUGUAUACGUCGUGGUGUCCAUCGGGUUUGGAGCGCCGCUAGACCUGCCCGUCUUCCGCGACGGCAUCCAGAACCAGCUCGCCCGAUAUCGCCGCUUCCGCAGCAUCCAAGUGAUGUCCAAGGACGGCACGCCGCAGUGGGUGGUGCUCACGGAGGUGAACGUGGACAGCCACAUCAUCGUCCCGACCCUGGACCCCGCCGCCGACCCGGACAAGGCCGUGGAGGACUACGUGGCGUCCCUGUCCACGCUCCCCAUGGACCAUUCCAGCCCGGCCUGGGAGUUCCACAUCCUGGACAUCCCGACCUCCGAGGCGACCUGGACGGCCGCGCUGCGCGUGCACCACUCCUUCGGCGACGGCGUCUCGCUCAUCACGCUCCUCAUUGCCUCCACGUGCAGCGCCACUGACCCGACAAGGCUGCCGGCCAUGCUGCCGCCGCCCACGCGCAAGGGCGCUAUAUACGCGUGCCCGCGGCGCCCCCCGCCGUCUGCAACCGCCCUGGCAUUCCUCGUGUGGGUCUUCUCGUAUCUCAUGCUGGCAUGGCAUACCGUCAUGGACGUCUGGUCCUUCGUUGCCACCAUCGUGUUCAUGCGAGAUCCGCCCACGCUCUUUAUGCGUGGGAGCGGCGACGGCGAGCCCCGUCGGACACGCUUCGUGCAUCGGAGCCUUAGCCUUGACGACAUCAAGUUUCUAAAGGAUGCCAUGAACUGCACUGUCAAUGACGUGUUAGUUGGAGUAACUUCAGCUGCUCUAUCACGAUAUUACUUUCGGAACUCUGGUGACACUAGGACUAGCAAACUCUGCAUCCGAUCGAUCCUUGUUGUCAACCUAAGGCCAACAGAUAGCCUGCAAACAUAUGUCAAUAUGAUAGAGUCAGGCGAUAGUAAUGAUGUGAAAUGGGGUAAUCGAUUGGGCUACAUCAUCCUUCCAUUUCAUCUAGCCAUGCACAAUGAUCCCCUAGAAUAUGUUCGCAAGGCAAAAAAGAUCGUGGAAAGGAAAAAAAGAUCACUAGAAGUCAUCUUCACAAAUAUGGUUACUGAAUUUACCCUGAAACUUUUCGGUGCAAAGGCAGGAGCUUUUAUCUUCAGCCGUAUGCUCAAACAUAUAAGCAUAGGAUUCUCAAACGUGACUGGACCAACUGAACAUGUAGUGUUAUGUGGGCAUCCAGUUACCUUCAUUGCGCCCAGCGCCUACGGGCUUCCAGAAGCUCUGUUUAUACACUACCAAAGUUACGGCAGCACUAUGAAGGUGAUUCUAGCUGUUGAUGAGACAGUAUUUCCAGAUUAUCAUCAACUUUUGGAUGACUUCUUUGAGUCUCUCCAGCUCAUUAAAGGCGCAGCUUCAAGCCUUCCGACAACAUCGAUCAAGAAUGACUAA